AUGGCUUCUAGCUUCAGUAAACUGCAGUUUGUGCUGCUGGUGGGUGUGGGUGGAGGUGUCCCAGGAGCUGGGAGCGAUAUUCGGCUUGGGGAUGUCGUCGUUAGCCAUCCAGGGCUGAAUAAUGGCGGUGUUGUACAAUUUGACUUCGGCAAGACAAUGCAGGAUGGCAGGUUUGUGCCGACCACCAUGUUGGAUAGGCCACCACGUAUCUUGCUUGCUGCUGUUUCAACAGUCCGCUCCAACCAUGCUCGGGGUGGCUCUAUGCUCUUGGGCUACCUCCAGCAAAUCUAUGAUCAUCAUCCACUCGUGAAAAAGCAGUAUACACAUCCUGGUGCUGGCAAGGAUGUGUUGUACGAAUCGCGGUACGAUCAUCCUCAGCAUGAGGCGACAUGUUCAUCUUGCGACUCUACCCGGAUACUGUCCCGCACACCUCGUCAAUCAGAUGCUCCAGUAAUUCACUAUGGACUGAUAGCCUCGGGAAAUCAAGUUAUGCGUUACGGAAUGACAAGAGAUCGCCUCAGAGACGAACUGGGCAUGGCAUGUUUUGAAAUAGAGGCCGCAGGACUGAUGGGUCAUUUCCUUCUGUGGCAGCCAUAUGCUUCUGCCGUUGCCGCAUUAUAUGCCAAAGAACUUCUGGACACGGUCCCAAGCUCCACAGACGCCCACCCGAAAGUCCGCACCAAUCCCUUUGGGUCAGAAUCAACUAAACUGGGAUGGGAACAACACGAAAGUGAACGAGAUGGCAAUGGGGAAAAUGGUCCCUUGCAGUCGUCUGAAGUCAUAUCAAUUUCCCUCCCUGAGCUCGUCACCAGCUUCCAAGGCUGUAUCCAGAGUUUCCCUGAACUAUUUCUUCCCCCGGAUGCCCCAUCGUCGUUUAGGCUGACCUUGGAGAAGUUAGAACUCGAAAAGACUUUGCUACUUCAAUGGGCGGAUAGGGUUCAUCUUCUUCAUGACCAGAAGCGCAGCCCUCUCGGAGAUAUCGAAACGAGGACUGCGGUUGGAGCGAUGCUCCAUGAUAUAGAAUCGAUGUUCAAUGACGAGGCUUCAAACAAAGCUCUGGACUCGUCCCGCUCGAUAGAUUCGAGUUUACAAGUCAAAGACACGAGUCUUGGAGCUGUCGUUUCUAGCCGCCCCGAGCACAAACUGGUUGCAGCUUUUCAUAAUUGUCCGCAACUCAAACUAGAAGAUCUCAGCCAACCUGAUAUUUCAAGGUACAUUCAGAGCAAGUUGAAAUCACCCCUUUACGAGUACGUCCGAUAUAACUCCGACCCGGCUAGUGCGAAACAUCUCAUUCGAGAGAUGGUGGAGAAGGCAUCCAGAGUAUUCCUAUGGGUUGUUUUGGCCUGCCGGUCGCUCCUUGACGGGCUGGCUGCGAGCGAUUCACCGACUGAGUUGAGGCAACGCAUUAACGAGCUUCCAGAGAAACUCGAAGACCUCUUCCGAGAUAUGCUUACUCGAGUCGACAAGAGAUACCUGCUUCAGUCUGCCCGGAUUCUUAAAAUCUGUAAAUUAUACAUCGCCCAGCAUGGCAUAGGUGUGCCCACGCUGGGUCUUGCACAGCUAGAUUGGCAUGAGUAUGACUCGUCCCGACUCACUGAAACGCUGAAAUACGAUUUUAGUAUACCUGAGAAGGAUGCGAAUUGUAAUCGCAUCGAAGGGCGAUUAAUAAGUCGCUGCGGCGGUUUGCUCGAGGUGCGCCGAUCAUACAGUCUUCCACAAAGGUUCUGUUUCUGUGGCCAAGUUAGCUUUGGGGGCUAUCAUAAGUGCCACGAAACCUUUGCUACGGAUUCAGUCAUAAUUUUCAUGCAUCGGAGCGUGUUUGACUUCCUUGACAUGGAGGAAACAUGGGAGUUAGACUGCCUUGAUUUGGGCGCCGAGCAUGAGUUUGACGCGCAGGCGGCCGUAGGAUGUUUGUCUCUGCAUUUGGCACAUUGCAGCGCCAACCAGAAUAAUUCGCAUUCCGCCUCCCAGUGCAUAGAGCAUAUUUACGAUGCUUGGCGGUGGGUCCUUCGGGCCAACUGGAAGACUGGGACCCAGAUCAUGCAUGUUGUGGCAGCCCUCGUGGACGUCUCCCGGAUGGCCCAAAGCGCAAGAAGAUGGGCUUCGGACUACCCGUGGGGAGAUUUCCCACCAGAGAAGAUCAUGCUACGCCUCGCGGUCGAGGCCGGGAUACUAGACUUGAAACGUGACAAGAAUCCUAGCUUGGACACGCUCGAAGGCUGCUAUCCAUUGCUCUUCCAUGCAACGAACCCAUUGCAUUCCAACUAUAUUCUCUCAGAAGGACAUCCCAAAACGGUAUUAUGCGAUGUGCCACUAUUUGACCGUGUCAAACCGGCACAUCAUGUAGUACGUUGGCUCUUGUCCCUUGGCUACUGUCCCAACGAAGAAUUCACUCUUGAAAAUAAGAGAAAACUACUCCCUGGAAAUACUGGGUAA